AUGGUUUAUAGAGGCAUUCUGGCGUUCUCGCAUGCACGCCAUCGGAUGGAUCUCCUGCAAACUCGGGCUUCAUUUGGAGCUCCAGUCGGAGCUGGAGCUACUCAUCAAAAGAAACAAAUGGGGAAACGAACCACACAGAAGACCUACUCGUCCUACCCAAACCAGUGCCAUGCAGUAGUUUUUGGCGCAUCGACCGGAGGGAUCGACUGCCCAUGGUGUAGGCCCAACGAUGACCGUAAUUCAAAAGAGGACAACGAGCAGACGGGAUACGGCGAUAACGUAUGGAUUGGGAUAUGGAAGAAGAAGCGGUGGCCAAAAAUGAAGCAGCAUGGCGAUUCAAGGAAUGUGGCAGUCCAGUGGCGAUUCAAAGAAGCUCUUCAGCCAUGGUUCCGUUGGACAAUCAAGGAACGAGCGGACAUUAGAGAAGGCACGUGUGGUGCGAUGGACGUAUGGAGGGAAGCGGUCACAGGCCGAUGGCAGACUUUGAUCGAUGUUUUUGGGCAGCACUUCAUCGAGACGAAGAGGAUCUACAGCCCUACAAGAGGGCGAAAACAAGAAAGGACGAACCGUCAGCCCACGGGAUCGGGACAGAAUCAUGAGGAUCUUCAGCCCAUGGUAUCGGGCGAAUGUGGACAGCGAUCAACCGACGAAGCGGCCUUAUGGAUGGCUGGUUUUAUUUUUUUAUUAUGCGGUCAUCAUUGUGAAGGUUUGACAGAAGCCGGAGCGGCCGGGUUGUUCACUGAAAUGAAAGGAAACGGAAGGUGGUCAGGACACCGAAGUUUGAAUAGCAGCAGAUUGUUGCUAAAGUCACCCACUGUGGACGGGGAUUGUCGGCGGAAAGCGGCAGUGUUCGCUGUAUAUGAAACGAAAGAUGGUGCUAGACGUGGAAGUCGCCAUUGCUCACCGGGUGACAAGCCGUCGAUUGUUGUUCGGAAAGAGGGUGGUGGACUUGAGAGCCCUGAAUCGAAAGGUGAAGGUUGCGCUGGUGGUGGGUGCCCGCUGAAGGAUCGGGCUGAUGAGAGAAGUGAACACGGCUAUGGAGGUGACGGAUUUCGACGUGACCGACUGCUGAUGGGGCAGCAGCAGCCGAUACGAGAGAAAUGCACCGGUGUGGGAAGGCUAUCUUGUGUUGGUAGUAGUGGUGAUCCCAGUUGGUGUCGAGCCGGGAUUGAGGUGAUCCCAUUUUGUGUCGAGCCGGACGUGAUUCAGCCCAGAUGUCCGGUAGCCGCAGGUGGUGUACGUAGGUAG